UCACUCACGUCACUUCACUUUUAUCACAUUACUGCGUUUCCGUUCCGACGUCUUUCUUGAAUAGACGUUGGUGUAGGCCAAUGUUAUGAACUAUUGUUUUUACUAUUUUUGUGAUUAAAUAUUGUGGAGUGCAAACUGAUUAGACAGUGGAACUAAUAUGUGAUGUGAUAAGUGACUAACAACAGUUUCAAACAGUGUAAUAAUACCCGAUGGGUGACUAUUUUUGUAGUGCCUGCUACAGAAUCUUGGAUUGAAAUCAGUAAACAUCAUGCUUUGUUGCGGACAGAAAUGUGGUUAUAAAAUUCUAGACUAUAUCGGAAUGUAGUACUACGCUUCUAAGUACUAAAUAUUAACUAUGACGUCGUCGAACGGUCACGGUUUGUGUCCAUCCUUAGGCAUGUGUUCACAAAACGUGAUGGCCUUGGGCCACGAAUCACAGGACUUCGGCGUCGCGGCGGCCGUGCCCGGCCUGGCCGGCUACGAGGUGAGUCCCAUGCACUGCGGAGACUCGACAGACUCUCGAUCCCCGGAAAUUCUUCACCCCAAGGCGAGCGACCGCGAGUCGCGCAUCAUAGCAGAGAAACAACGCAGAAGUCAAUACAACGGCUUGAUAACGCAGAUGAUGUCGCUCAUCUCUGACGUGGUGCACUCGCAGCGCAAGGUGGACAAGACCAGCGUGCUGCGCCUCGCCGCCAACAAGCUGCGCAACGAGCAUGUGUUCGGAGACACCAUCAAGUGCUGCCACCUCGAGACCUGGUCGCCCUCCGUCAUGAAGUUCUUCGACCUGUUCGGCGGCUUCAUGAUCACCGUCACGUGCCGCGGACGCAUCUUCAAUGUGUCCCCCAACGUGCAGGAGAAGCUUGGCUACUGCCAUGUGGACCUGCUCGGCCAAGACAUCUACAACUAUGUACAUCCUGAAGAUAAAGACAUUCUCAGGCAGCACAUUUACCCACCUGAGUUGACCGCAGCCAACUAUGAUAGUCGAAUGUUUGAACAACAUCAUGACUUUAAUAUUAGGUUUGUGCGAGCCGGUGCCAGGUCCGACCCACCUCGCUAUGAGCGCUGCAGGGUUGAUGGAACAAUACGGCGCUCAGACCGGGCCACCUCUGAUGGCGUUGAAGAUGAAAUGGUCAUCAGAAGGCAAAGAGUUCGCCAUAACCGGACAUUUUCAUCAAGUGGGAAUGACUAUGUAUUUAUUGGCAUGGUGCAUAUUAUGUCCAACCAGCUGCCUGCUCACCGAAUGAUGCCACCUACUGCAUACACAGAGUACUGGACACGGCACCUGAUUGAUGGGAGAAUUGUCCAAUGUGAUCAAAGUAUAUCACUGGUGGCUGGUUACAUGACUGAUGAAGUGACCGGAACCUCUGCAUUCUUCUUCAUGCACAAGGACGAUGUUCGCUGGGUGAUCUGUGUCUUGCGUCAAAUGUAUGAUCAAAGCAGGGAGUUUGGAGAAUCAUAUUACAGGCUGAUGUCUCGCUCUGGUCAUUUCAUAUACAUGAGGUCCCGGGGUUUCUUGGAAAUAGACAAAAUUACUAAACAAGUCCAAAGCUUUGUAUGCGUCAACAGUGUAAUUGGAGAGGAUUACGGACGGAAGAUGAUGGAGGACAUGAAACGUAAGUACUCUGUCCUGGUAGACAUGGAUCCGCAGAGGAAGGAUGAUUCAGUUGUGGUGGACGAAGUACAAGUGGAGCACCCUAAGCGCCUGGAGCGCAUUGUGAUGCACCUUGUGGAGCCCGCUGUCAACGAGACCACUGAGGAACUGAAGCUGGUGGCACCGUCUAAAGAGAACAUCAUCUCCGCCAUUCAAAACAGCGAGAGGAUAGUCCACGAGACGGGUGUGAGGUUUGACAGCCGCAAACGAAAGAUAGAAGAGGUAGACUGUGAUACUGAUGAGGAAUACUAUAAGCGACAAAACAGACUUGCCAAAUAGGUGUGUAUGUAAUUUUUUUUAUUUGAGGUACAUUAGGUAUGGGCCAUUAUUUUGUUCCUAAAUUUUUAAUAUUGACUGUUUAAUUCAAACCUAUACAAAUACUUAUAGGUAUAAAUAAAUGUAAAUAACUUAGGUAAAUAUAUAGUGAUUUAUUUGAUAAAAUCAUCAUCAGACUUUGUUAAUAGUGGUACUGUCACACAGUUAGUUUUUGUAAAAAUUGUAUACCUUUUUAUAUGCCAUAGUAAAUAGUAAUACAUAUUUUGCAUACAGGUCUCUUGGUACAUAUUAAGCAAGAAAGCAAAAUAUACUCUUAAAGGGUUGUACAAAUUUUGCACUGGUAUUAGAAAUAGUGGGCCUAAAGUACAAAACUAUUAUUGAAUAUUUUUCAGGCUUCAUUUUGUGAGGUAUAAAAACAAUUUAUCAAUAUCAAAGAUAAUAAUAAAUUACACAUUUGUUUUAUACAUUUAUUUCAUUUCACAUACUAUCAUGACAAAUUAUUUCAUUGGGGUAGGUCCUAACCACCUACCUGCCUAAACAAAUAUCUAUAAUUGUAUAAUUAUAUAUCUAAUAACUAUAAUAAUAACCUUAUUCUUAUUACAAACGCAUACAUCUGUAUUUACAUCCAGCAAAUCAUAUUAAACUAGUACUGUGUGUACUUGUAAUUCCUAUGGGGUUCUUUUAAAUAAAUUAAGUACUUCGAAUCAAUAUUCUGCAAAGGCAGUUAAGUCGAUAACCAAAUCUUUGCUAUACCAUCAUAAAUAUAAUAUAUACUAAUAACUGUAUUUAUAAAUUUGACUGAGAGUGUUUGACUGGAAUAGUUCUGGAUGGCACUAAUAUUUAAGUAUUGUAGAUACACAUUUUCUCAACUAAACUACAAAGUCUUCAACACCAAACGUAAUAAUUAUUUAAUGAUACUACCUAAUUGCGAAAGUAAAAAAAUAUACAUACAUACAUUGUGUUGCAGACUCUAGCGAUUGAUUGUUGUAUUUCUCUUUCUUAAUAUAUAUAGAUUUUGGCAUCAUAAUUAUAUGUAAAGUAUGUAUUAAAAUCACAUAUCUAUGUGCCAAGUAUCUAUCAGCUAAUUUACCAUAUGAAAUCUGAACUAAAUAUUAUAUUAUUAUUAUUAUACUACACUGGAAAUGGAAUCAACUUUUAAAUUUAUCUUACUCUAAUACAUAUAGGUAAUUAGGAUGUAGGAUAGGUGUAAUACUUGUUGAUAAGUAUAUGUGUAUGAAAUCAAUGAUGGUGAGUUUUAUAGUUAGCUAGGUAAAGCGUUAUAAUGAUUUAAAAUUAUUGAAUAUUUCUGCAAAAAGGUUUGUGUUCAAAAUUAAAAAAUCUUUUGUUAUAUUAGUUUUAAAAUGUGCAAUAAAUCUUUUUAAAUUGUAUAAUUUACUUAAUUAAAAUAUUGAUCUGAUUUGGCUUAGUAACAAAUUAUAUAUUGUGUUGGAAUAUUUUAGUCUAUCAAGACUGUUCUGAGGUUGUUUUGAAAUGAAUGGCGAUUCAGAAAGUUAAAAAUUUUAGAGUCUGUACUGUAACAGAGCGAAAAAAUAUCCACGGAAUUUACUAAUUACUUUCAAAUAAGAAACAUAUUCCAUUGCUUAAAGUGUAAAAUAGUACAGUAGGUAUAAGGCAGAGAAAUCUGACCCCUCUCAGAUGCAUUGUUACUAUGAGAGGGGGGUCAGGUUUCUCGGCACAUGACCGUACGUGAAUAACGCAGUGCAGACUUCUGUAUUUAAGUCUUAGUAAAUGCUAAUAAUUCUUAUUUUAUUGUAACUAGCAAAAUUCCACGGGCAUAAAUUUCCGCUCUAUCAGAGAACUGACCCCUAGGAGCUAGGACUUUAAUCAAGCGAAAUAUUAUACAAAAUUGUGCCAAUUAGAUAGGGAACAUGUUUGAGACGAAAAUAAAACAUAAUAAAGUACUUAUAUGUACACAUUUACUUGAAACCACACUUCAUCUUAUUAAAAGUAUAGUCUUGCCAAUGUAAUUUAACAACAUCAAAAAAUACGGAUAAAAUUUUGUUAUUAAUUUUAUUCUGAUUGAUUAUUCGAAGCUGAUCUCAAUUUGCAUGUAGUAAGCUAGGUAGCUAAGUACCUACCUAAGUAACUCCCAUAUACCUAGAAGUUUUUCGUAUGUUGUGUUACUGUUAAAAAAUAGUUAGCGCACAUCAAAAUGAAUAUGCAUAUAUUGUAAAUAAUGUAUAUGUGUAUCAUGAUAUGUAUACUAAAAUAUAUACUAUACUAGUGA